CAUUAGCAUAGAAACGAAGUAAAAUACCCGUACGUAUUUUAUACGUAACUUUCCCGUACCGUGUUUUACUAACUAUGCUAUUCACUCAUCUCACUUUUCCAUCUUGAUUCUUGAGGGUCAAUGUUUAUUUGGUCCAUGAAUUUAACUAGAAUUUACCCCUUUCCCCAAGAAGAUAAAAAAAGAAGGCUACAAAAAGCAAAAGCAGAAGCUCUGUUUUUCAGGCUUCAAUUCAAGAGACUUGCAGUCUCGACUCCCAACUCGCUCAACUCUCUCUCUCUCUCUCUCUCUGCUGCUCUCUCUGUCUCUGAGUCUCUCCUUUUCCCCACGACUCAACUGUGCUGGUUUGGUUUCCAGUGAGAAAAAGGCAGAAAAAAGUGCCAUCAUUGACAAGAGCCUCGAGUUUUACUGAUCCCCACCAUCCCUCUCUCUCUGUUUCCCCCACUCCCCUGUUUCUUGUUUUUUUCAUCCGCCAAUCUCUCCUCCCCGCCUUUGUUUUCAACCGUCUGCUUUCUUCCCCUCUCCAGCCAUGGCGAUCCAUUUUCUCCACAAAAUUUGGAAGCCCACGACGCCGUCCGCCGAAAUCGUAGACGGGUCACUCUCAAUUCAAUAAAAGGCAGAAGCAAUCAAAAUUGCGGUGAAAGCGGAAAGAACAGGGGAAAAACAGGGGAGCUCUCUAAUUGUUGCUUUUUUUAAUUCUCUUCGGCUUUUGUUGGUAAAAUGGGCGCCGACGACAGGUGGAUAACGGUUCCAUCUCCGGCGGCGGCGAUGGCGUCGCUGAAUUCGGAGAGGGAAGACCACUGGAGGCAUUUCGACAACUCGGUCGACGCGGUAUCGUUCGGGUUCGUCGCUACAGCGAUCCUCAUAUCGAUGUUCUUAGUUAUGGCCAUUUUCGAGAGGUUUCUACGGCCGAGAUCGUCACUGCAGCUCCCUUCUUCUUCGUCUUCCGUUGCCAUGGCUUCAUCGGAUCUCGAGGCACAGUUCGCAUUGCAUGGGAAGCUCGGCUACCCUUCUCCUAAAAUGACAGUAUAUGCGAAAGGCGUAUCAGUGUUGAUGCCGGGGGAACAUGUUCCAACCUACCUCGCACAUCCAGCUCCGGUGCCUUGCCCGCCGGACCGCGAGCGACGGCCGUUCCACCCUCACCGCGGCCAGUACUGCCUUAUUAGCUUCCCCACCACAAGCUAGAAACAAAACAGACGAGAGGAAGCCGGCCGGCUAAUUCACAUCAUGACUCCGACUGCAAUCCACCACCGAAACUACUAUUUGUAGGUGGUAAUUAAGCGUGUGUAUGUGUAAAUGGAGAAUGGAAGUGGGGGAUUGCUUUACUGAUUAGCUUCCUUCAUGGUUAUUGAGGAGAAGAUGUGCAUAGAAGAUGGCUCUGUAGAUUCCAUGAAACUUGGAUGUUAUAAAUUUGCACUGCGACCGUUCUUCCGCCUGCAAACUGCAUCACCCCGUACGCGUGUAAUUGGUCUAUAAACUAUAACUCCAACAAGAGUCUAUCGAAAUUAAGGGAAACAUCCGCU